GGUCUACUUGCAUAUUAGGGUUUUAUUACAUUGGAUUAGAUAGAGAGGGAGGAGUGGAAACACCAAGGGCUGACCUGAGAGUGGUCCUGGGGUCUCACUGCACCAGGAUCUGGACCCACGGAAUAUCUGGCAACUUCAUGGCACCCCUUGUCCUCCUGAGGGAGUGGGCCAACUCCCUUUCACAACCAUUUCACGUGUUCAACCCGUGGGGAUCGUUCCAGCCCUCGACAACCAAGCUUCGCCGCUGCCACGACACUCAGGGGCCCGAUUUUUCUCUCCGUCCUUAGUUAGAAACUGGUUUCGGAUCUGCAUCUGUACCGCGGGCGGAAAAAAGCAAAAGUGCUGCAGCAGGUGUCGAAGCCAGGAAUCCCCUUCUGGGUCUGCCCUCCUCCCGACCUGGGUGGGGGCUCUUGGCAGCCAGGCUCUCUCCCCCGCCCCCCUGCGCCUAGAAGCCUCUAGACUAGCGGCUGCAGGUUCCGCUCCACUGAGAGACAGAAGCGCCGGCUUCAGGUCUGCUGGGCAGACUGAGGCGGGACUGGAGAUUCUGGGUGAGGAGCCCGAGGCUGGAACGGAGGGAGCCCCUGCCAAAAGCCCAAUGAGCGUCGCGCCAAACCAAAAGGACACCGUGGGGGCCGGCGGGCUCAGGGCCGGAGGCAGGAGAGAGCGAGGCGCCGCCCACGCAGCGGGCGGACUGGGGGAGCGGCGCCCAGUGGGUGGGGUCCCGGCGGGGGCGGGACAGACCUGGGCUACCGGCCGUGCAAGUCGCGCCCUGCAGAGCGAAAGUAGUUGGUGGCGGCCGUCGCGCGUGGCUCGAGUUGUGCCGGCCGCGACCUCACGGCCAUGGCGGGACCCCAGGAGUUUCUGGGUGGGAAGCUCCGGCUCUGCUUCACCCCCGCCGCCCGGACCAGCCUCCUGCUGCUCAGGCUCAACGACGCGGCGCUGCGGGCGCUGCACGAGUGUCAGCGGCAACAGGUGCGGCCGGUGAUCGCUUUCCAAGGCAGCCGAGGGUAUCUGAGGCUCCCAGGCCCUGGCUGCUCCUGCCUCUUCUCCUUCACAGUGUCCCAGUGUGGCCAGGACGGCCCUGGUGGUGGCCUGGAUCUCGUGUACCAACGCUUAGGCAGGCCUGGGCCGAACCGCCUGCACUGCCUGGGGCCACUCAGGGAGCGCCUCAGUUUCUGGGCAGCCAUGGAUCCUCUCCCAGCCCCAUCUUCAGGUCAGGGGCACAACCUGACGGAAGACUCCAGAGAUCCUGAGAACUGGCACAUCGGGGAUUAUUCUGGAGAUGCAGUUUCACAGCCACAGAUGGCACUAGAGGAGGUGCCAGGCCCACGGGCAAGCAGCCAAGGACGGUCACUCCCUGGAUCCUCCAGGGAACACAUGGCACAGUGGGAAGUGAGGAACCAGACCUGUCUUCCAAACAGAGAGCCUGACCAGGCACGGCCUUCUGCUAGCCAGAAACAUCUGAACAAGAAGCGUCCAGCACCUGCAGCCACUAUAAAACUGAAAGAAAAGAGGCUCAGAACUCUAGCCCCAAGUCCACUACAAGGACUGCCCAGUCAGGACCUACGAGAGGGAGAAGGUUGGGAGCAAGAAAAUAAACAUGGAGACAUGGGCCCCAGACUGGAACACAGUCCCUCAGUUCAAGCAGACUCUGAAUCCCCAAGCCCUGAAGAGGUACCAGAUUACGUCCUGCAAUAUGGGGCCAUCCACACUGCAGAGCAGCAACAUGCGUAUGAGCAGGACUUUGAGAGAGAUUAUGCUGAAUACCGCAUCCUGCAUGCUCGAUUUGGGGCUGCAAGCCAAAGGUUCAUAGAGCUGGGAGCAGAGAUCAAGAGAGUUCAGCGAGGAACUCCAGAACACAAGGUGCUGGAAGAAAAGAUAGUCCAGGAAUAUAAAAAGUUCAGGAAGCGAUACCCAGGUUACAGGGAAGAAAAGUGUCGCUGUGAGUACCUGCAUCAGAAAUUGUCUCACAUUAAAGGUCUCAUCCUGGAGUUUGAGGAAAAGAACAGGGGCAGCUGAACUAACUGGUCAAGGGCUAUUGACCCUCUCUGUCCGGUGUGAUGCAAAGGAACAAAACCGCUGUAAAUGAAGUAGAGUGCAACUGUCCGCUCUUGUUAUUGCUGAGUCCAUGGUGGCAAGUAGGAGAGCUGCUCUAGGUUAAGGUUUGAUUUUCAUUGUUGCCAUAUAUUAAUUUUUAGGGUAUGGGCGCAGUGCCAACACUCUAUAGCUGUGCCCAGGGGACUAAGAAAAGCAGCCAAGGCUUGGCUUCUCCACCUUUAGUUCAGCAAGUCAUUUUCAAGUCCUAAGAAAUGACACCCUUUCCAGGACAAGAUACCUCAAGGACAUUAGAAUUCAGCCUGGUAGCCGCCCUAACAAAACAAUAACUUUUAGGAAGUUGUGAUACACCUGGAUGUAAUGGGGAAGGGCUUGGGGUCUUAUCAAUCAAUGUACUGAAAGUGAAUUCUUUUACAAACAUGGCUAAAAAAUUAAAACUGUCUCUGUGUCCUUUGUACAAGUUUAUAUGCUUUUCUUAAAUCUUCCAAAGCAGUGGUUCUUACCUCUGGCUCUAUGUCUGAACCACUUCUGGGCUCUCUAAAAAAAUUAGAUAUCCA